CAUCAAACAUCCAGAGAACGCGCCUUCAUUGGAGAAACAGUUUUCGAACGGUAUUCUGGUAGUUUACUCAUUACAACAAAGGAAUCUGCAUGUAAUACAACACCUGUUUCUUUAGUGUCAGUGUUUAUUCAGAUCAUUUUCUCUCCACAAAAAAGUCCCUUAAGUUGUGAGUAUUACACCAAGUUAGCCAAGGUGAACAGUGGUAAGCCAUAUGAUGGCAAUGCUGUUCUCGUUCCUACGGAUUAUGCUCUCAUGCUCUCGUUUAUGCAUGCCAAUUAUUUAAACCAUGCUAGGCUUCCUGUAGAAUGAAUCAGUGUAUUUAACCGUAACGAAGUGACCGCCGCUAAUUUAGCUUGCUAAUGCUAGCUGCUGUCAAGAUAGAUGCCAAUGCAGGACAAGGAUCUUGUAGCGUUUCACAAUCUCGCCGAACGGUAGCGGGGAGUCGGGUUGUAGCACACGCUUGGUGACUUCAGAUGUACCGGUGUCUUUCGGUCCAGCGUGCUGUCCAAAGCGCCCGGUCCUCGCGCAGACAGGAAGACCAUCUCCGGGCGAGGCGACACGCAUGUUAUGAUUGUAUUGAUGUGCACGUUGUUCUUGGUCUUCCAGGUGGCCCCAGUUUAUGGUUACCAUGGUAGCCUCGCCCCGCCGGUCAACCCGGUGGUUUCCUUCCGCCGUCUGCGUUACGUAGUGCACUGGGAGGCGGGGCCGGGCUCGCCGACAGGUGUCCACUACAGCGUGGAGACGUACGCGCUCAGUGUCGGCCGGUGGGCGAGUGUUCCGGGGUGUGAGAGUGUGUUCUCUCUGGAGUGUGACGUGACGGAAUCGUUCUCCAGCAUCGACGACACGUACUUCACACGUGUGGCGGCUCACCUGGGUCACCUGGCCUCCCAACCCACCCCAUGCCCAUCAGGAUUCAAGCCCAGGAAUGACACUAAAGCAGGACCUCCACUGAUGUCACUCUCCCCAUGCAACCAAUCACUGUGCAUCAACCUCAAGCCCCCUGCUGAUUGGCUGACCGAACUCUACAAGUCCUACAAGUACAAGCUCAACAUAUCCACACAGGGUGGGAGUAAGCACCUGGCCCUUGUGGAUACAGAUCUACGUGAGUACGUUUUGAAGGACGUGGUUCCCGGUCAAGACUACUGUGUAUCUGUGGGCAUCACACACACACACACAGAGAGCACGCCACAGUGUGUCACAGCUCCGACACCCUUCAACACAGAGGCCCUGCUGUCAGUGCUGGUGUGUGUGUUUGUAGUGGUGGUUGUGGCGAGUGUUCCCUUCAUGGUCUACUCUGGAUAUUUCUGCUUAAGGACAACACUUCCUAGCAUACUGGUCAACUUCCUCUCCCCCCAUCUGCCCCUGCUCCUGAGGGCCGUGGACCCCGUGCUGUCCCUGGUCUCCGUGGUGACGACCCAGGCCAAAGGGAGACUGGAGGAAGAGGAGAGCGAAGAGGAGGAGGGGAGCGAGGGAAGAGUGGGAUAUGAAAGACGAGUGCAGGCCGGGAGCUCCUCCUCCUCCUCGCCCGCCGACACGCCCCCGUUGCCCCCGGAGACGGAGGACUACAAGUGCGGGAGAGGACUGGAGCUGGCGCCCCCUCUGGUGGAGUCGGGGAGUGCAGGAGAGAGACGAGGAGACAUGGAGGAUGGAGGGGUGGAGGAGGAGGAGGAUAGAGGGGGAGAGAACGUGUGCAUCCUCUCUGUGACACUGGGGGAGAAGGAUGGAGUGAUAGAGGAAGAUGAGGAGGAAAAGGGAGAGAAUGUGAACCUCUUCUCUGUGACACUGAGAGAGAAAGAGAGAGAGGAAGAGGAGGAGGAAGAGGGGGAGGACGUGGACCUCUUCUCUGUGACGCUGAGAGAGAAAGAGGUCGAGGGAGAGGAGGAAGAGGAAGAGGGGGAGGACGUGAACCUCUUCUCUGUGAUGCUGGGCAUGACGAAGACGAAGGAGGAGAGGAAGAGGAGAGAAGAGGAGUGUGAGCUCACAGACGUCUGGGCUCCUCUGCUGACCACGGCCCCUCUCUCUCACACACACACACACACACACACACCUGUGCACGAGACAACACACUCCUCACCUGAACAGGAGGAAGAGGAGGAAGAGGAGGAGGAGGCCACUGGCUACAUGAGACGCAGCUAGAACAAUCUAGAACUUUGGUUCCUCAACCAUCUAGAACUUUGGUUCCUCAACCAUCUAGAACUUUGGUUACACACACACCCAUGUUGUGCCACAUCAAGACUGGAACAUACACACAGACAGGAGCAUGCUACAGGGUCAUAAAGACAGACACACACACACACACACACACACA